AUGGAUUUGACAGGUACUCAUCCAGAUACCACCUUAUACAUCGGAAAUAUCGAUUCUAAGGUAACGAAAGAACUGCUCUAUGAGCUUUUUAUCCAAAUAAGUCCGCUCUCGAGAAUAAGAUACCCUAGAGAUAAAGUUCUUCAAAGUCAUCAAGGAUUUGCUUUUAUCGAGUUUUACACCACAGAAGAUGCAGAGUACGUGGCUAAAUGUAUGAAUAACACCGUAAGACUAUAUGAUAGAACACUGAAAGUCAGGAAAGCUAAUGUAGGCAAUCCUUCAGGGCAACAAGUGGUUGACAUCGGUGCUAAAUUGUUCGUGAAGGAUUUAGACGAGCUUGUUGAUAGCGCUAUGCUAUCAAAACUAUUCUCCAAGAUAGGCACCCUAGCAAGACCACCAGAGAUAUUUUUCCUAAAACAGGGACAACUGAAAUGUGCCUAUAUCUAUUACACAACAUUUGAGCAUUCAGAUAGAGCUUUGGAGAAGUUAAAUAACCAAAUGGUCAUGAACAAAUGCAUUAGCAUCGAUUAUGCUCUUAAGGAAGGGAAAAAAAAUGAGAAACAUGGGGAUAAGGUGGAAAGGCUUCUCGAACAAGAAGCCAGGAAACAUGCUAUAAUUUCAACCUGA